AUGCAUUCAAGAGCAAUUCUCCAUCUUCGUUCAUACACUACAAAAACUGCUGUUCCUCUCACUGCAACUCGAUUUCCUUCCAUCAAGCGUAAUCCUGCCUUCAAAACACUCGAUUCCAAUGAUAUUGCUGCAUUCAAAAAAAUACUUCCUGAUGAAACUAGUGUAGUGGAUGGUACUGAUCCUGAUGCUCUCUUGCCUUUUAAUCAAGAUUGGAUGCGAAAGUUUCGUGGACAGUCUCAAUUGGUUCUAAAACCAAAAACAUCGCAUCAGGUAUCCCAACUUCUCAAGUAUUGUAAUGAUCAUCGUAUAGGUGUGGUUCCGCAGGGUGGAAAUACGGGUCUUGUGGGUGGAAGUGUUCCAGUUCAUGAUGAGGUUGUGUUGAGCACUCAAGCCAUGAGCCGGAUUCGUGCUUUUGAUCAAGAAUCGGGAAUCUUGACUUGCGAAGCUGGAUGCAUUCUGGAGUCUUUGGAUCAUAUGUUGGCUGAAAAAGGAUACAUGAUGCCUUUGGAUCUUGGUGCAAAGGGAAGUUGUCAUAUUGGUGGGAAUCUAGCUACAAAUGCUGGUGGAUUGCGUCUGCUUCGAUAUGGAAGUCUUCAUGGUACUGUUUUAUCCAUGGAGGUGGUGUUGGCAGAUGGAACCAUUGUUGAACUGGGAAAACCAUUGCGCAAGGACAAUACCGGAUACGAUCUCAAGCAACUCUUUAUUGGUUCUGAAGGCACAUUGGGAAUCAUCACUGCUGCAUCAAUUCUUACUCCUUUAAAACCAAAGGCCGUGAAUGUUGCGGUUCUUGGUGUAUCUUCCUACGAGAGUGUUCAGAAACUCUUUCAAGAAGCUCGUGGUCAUUUAUCAGAAAUUCUAUCUGCAUUCGAGUUUUUUGACGCAUCCUGCAUGGCAUUGGUUCAAAAGCAUAUUGCUACGUCACGACUACCCUUUGACACUGCUGCACAAUUUUAUGUCUUGAUUGAAACAUCGGGCUCAAACAAGGAUCAUGAUGACGAAAAACUCACAACGUUUCUUGACAGUGUGAUGGAAAAAGGAUGGGUUGUGGAUGGUACUGUAGCGCAAGAUGCGACCCAAGUAGCAGCAUUUUGGAGUAUUAGGGAAUCCAUCACUGAAGCCUGUGCCAAGGAAGGACCUAAUUACAAGUACGAUCUAAGUGUGCCAUUACCCAAACUGUAUGGAUUGGUAACCGAUAUGCGUCAACAUCUUUCACAAGUAGGAGUGAUGACAGAUUCAAUGUCUGGAAAACCAUUUGUAAAACAAGUGGUUGGGUUUGGACACGUAGGAGAUGGAAAUCUCCAUUUGAACGUGAUUGCUAGUGAAUGGUCUAAAGAUAUCGAACGUGCAAUUGAGCCAAAAGUGUAUGAUUUGGUUCAAACAGCACACGGAUCCGUGUCGGCUGAGCAUGGGAUUGGACUUUCAAAGACCAUAUACUUGUCUCAUUCCAAAACCAAAGAUGCGAUUGCAAUGAUGCGUAGCUUGAAGCAGACGUUUGACCCAAAAGGCAUUUUAAAUCCAUACAAAUACUUUCCCAACAAAGAAUAAAUGCAAUAUGACAAUGAGAAGUUG